UGAAAGCACAUCGACGGAGAAAGACGCUAUUAAGUCAGUCUUAUUAUUUCUUAUCCAGUUUGAAAUAUUUACGUCGUAUAAAAUACAUCUUUGAUUCUUUAUUUAAGGAUAAAUCGUCUGGAUGCGCUAGAAGCACUUUGCUGCUUCUCCUGCUAUCUUUGCUUGCUAGUUAGCUUAGCUCGCUAGUUAGCUUAGCUUGUUAGCUGCUAACAGAAGUUAUCAACACAUCGCUAAGUAGAGAUCAAGUGUGAGAGUAAAGUGUUGUGAUUGUGUGAAAAUGUCUACAUUACACAUGUUGAGAGCGUUGGUGGAUCAGCGACUAACUGCUGCCGUUGAAGAAAUAUUUGUAGUGUUAGAAAGAACGAUAGCAGAAUACGAGGCGGAACUUUCUAGAACAAAGGAGGAGAACAAUCAACUACUGGACGCUGUUUUCAAGAAACAUCAAGUUGUGUUACACAGAACAGAUGUCGUAGAAGAACAUCUUCCUCGUGAGCAGGAAGAAGAGCCACAGCCCCACCACAUUAAAGAGGAAGAAGAUGUACCACAUUCCCAUCGCAUUAUAGAGGGAGGGGAGGAGCCACAACCCCCCCAUAUUACAGAGGAAGACGAGACGCCACAGACCCAUAGUGUUAAACUGUCCCUUCACAUUAAAGGUCAAGCGGCGGACCCACUGGUCUUACACAGCAAAAAUGAAGAGGAGGACCCACUGACCCCUCACUUUAAGGAGCAAGAGAACCCGCUGACCCCUCACAUUAAAGAGGAAAAGGAGGACCCACUGAACCCCUACUUUAAAGAGGAAGAGGAGGACCAAGAGCCGCUGCACAUUAAAGAGGAAGAGGAGGAGCACCGCAUCAGUCAGCCGAAAUGGUUGGAGGAGUUCCCAGUGACUGGUGUCCCUGUGAAGAGUGAAGAUGAUGAGGUCAAAGGUGAAAGUGAGGAGAAGAGAGAGGCGGAGCCUCCAAGCAGCAGCUCAACACAACACAUGACAACAGAAGCUGAUGGAGACCACUGUGGAGGAUCACAAGCAGACAAGAUCUUAGCUCCACUAUCAGAUAGUGAGGACACAACGUCACACUCUCCUGACACUGAUGAUGAACACUCUAAAGAUGAUGCAACAUGUCACACUGACAACACUCACUUCACAUGUUCCCACUGUGACAAAACUUUUAAAUACCAUUGUCGUCUGAAAACACACAUGAGAACACACACUGGAGAAAAACCUUUUAUCUGUUCACUCUGUUGUAAAGGUUUUGUAGAAAGUCGCUAUUUGAAAGUACACGUGAGAAGACACACUGGUGAAAAACCUUUUAUCUGUUCACUCUGUGGUAAAGGUUUUGUACAAAGUCACAAUUUGAAAGUACACAUGAGAACACACACUGCUGAGAAACCUUUUAUCUGUUCAGUCUGUGGUAAAGGUUUUGUACAAAGUCAGAAUUUGAAAGUACACAUGAGAAGACACACUGCUGAGUAGUGAUGGGUUGAUGAGGCGUCAUGAAGCGUUUCGACACAUCGCAAAACGGUAUUGAUACUGUGUCGAUACUGUGUCACUAAAUACUGACAUCUGCUGGACAUUAAAAAUCCCUACAGGCAACCUAUGGACCGACUCAACUGACACUGAUUGAAUGACCUAGUAUAUACAAUAAUAUAAACCAAGUCAUUGUAUUUCAUUUAGGAUUAUUUCAUAUCUUCAUUUAAAUAAAAAUAUCUUUUUAUCUUUUUAAAUACAGUCAAUAAAUAAUGUGAACAUGUAUCAUAACAUGGAAAUCUAAGAGAACGUGUUGUGAAUGCGGAUGCUUGUGGACUGGGAAUUUUUAUUUUUUUAUUUUAUUUUUUUACACAUUUUUAUUUAAAAAAAACAGUUUUUCCAACGUAUUACAAUUUAGACGAUUUCUCUUAGUUAUUAUUUCUCCGGCUGUAGAAAAGACCCGCUCACAGGGCACAGAGGAGGCGGGAGUGCGACACAGUUCGCGUAUCGGUCACGUGACCAAAACAGCUCAUGAUCGGUCACGUGACUUUCUAAAAGCGGUACGCGCACCGACACAGGGUUUUGCUCUAUGAGCUCGACGCAUGCGCCGAUGCAUCGGUGUUGCCGGACCCAUCACUACUGGUGAGAAACCUUUCACAUGUUCAAUCUGCAACAGAAGCUUUUGUGACCAAUCAAACCUUGUAGCACACAUGAGAAGACACCCAGGAGAGAAAGUGUGUAGUUGCAGUGUGUGUGGUGAAAGAUUGUCUUCUAAGUACCAGUGUAAGAAACACAAGUGUGCUGGUGAGAACAGCAGCAGCAAAUGAAACUGCAGGAUUUGAAAUAAACUGACAAGACUUUAAUGUUGACUUUCUAACAACAUCAGCACAUAUAACAUGUGUGACAUCAUUGUUGUUUGUGUAACAAUCUCUUUAAUAUACUUCUACAUUUAUAGAUUAGAUAUUGUAUAUUAGUGCUUUUUUCAGUCAAGUACAUGCAUUAAUAUGCAAUCAAAGUUUGGAGUGUCAGGCAAAAGCCAAUAUUGUACAUCAUCCCACAGAGAUUCACUUUGCAUACAUUCAUAAAAUAAACUGUUUAUUUUGUUUCCCUAUCACAGAACGAACAAGUGUUGUCUUCAAUUACAAAACAAAAUCUUAGAAAAUAUUUUAAGUGGUCAAUUCUGUCUUUUUUGGAAGAAUGGAAACUUUCAAGAUGUGAGUAUUUUUUUGUUCCAGAGAAAAUACAGUAAAGAAUAAAUAGUAAAUAAUUAAAAAUAUGAUAU